AUGGCUGUUGUUUCAAAUACCACUCUUCUUCAAAAAUACCUCUCUCUCCCUCAAGGCGAAAAAAUUCAAGUAGAAUACGUUUGGAUUGACGCCAAAAAUGGCUUAAGAAGCAAGACGAGGACGGUUGAUUUCAUCCCUACAUCUGCUAGUGAACUACCAGAAUGGAACUUCGAUGGCUCUUCUACUGGCCAAGCCGAAGGCCAUGACUCUGAUAUCCUGAUUCAACCCGUGGCCUUGUUUGCUGAUCCUUUCCGUCGUGGCAAUAAUAAAAUUGUGCUUUGUGAGACCUUUAAUAACGAUGGUACACCUCAUCCCACCAACUACCGUCACGCCUGCAAGAAGAUCAUGGACGCUCAUGCUGAUGCCAAGCCUUGGUUUGGUAUUGAACAAGAAUACAUGCUGUUCGACCCUGCUACAGGAAAGCCUUAUGGUUGGCCGAUGCACGGAUUCCCUGAGCCACAGGGCAAAUAUUACUGCGGUGUUGGUGCAGGAAAGAUCUUCGGUCGAGAUAUUGUGGAAGCCCACUAUCGCGCUUGCUUGUAUGCAGGUGUCAACAUUUCAGGUGUCAAUGCUGAAGUGGCUCCAGGUCAAUUUGAAUUCCAAGUAGGUCCAUGUGAAGGCAUUGACAUGGGCGAUCAUCUUUGGAUUUCCCGAUAUAUCUUGGAACGUGUUUCAGAAGACUUUGGCAUCAUUGUCUCUAUCCAUCCCAAGCCUAUCAAGGGUGACUGGAACGGCGCUGGUUGUCACACCAACUUUUCUACUGAAGAAAUGCGCCAAGAGGGUGGUAUUGCUGCCAUUGAAAAAGCUAUCAAAAAGAUGGGCUUGCGUCACGCUGAACAUAUAGCCGUUUACGGUGAAGAUAAUGAUCAACGUCUGACUGGUAGACAUGAAACUGGACACAUCGACCAGUUCAGUUACGGUAUCGCUAAUCGUGGUGCUUCUAUUCGUAUUCCUCGUCAUGUUGGUAUUGAGGGCAAAGGCUAUUUGGAAGAUCGUCGCCCUGCCUCCAACAUUGAUCCUUAUAGAGUUACGAGCAUCAUAGUUGAAUCAACUUUCUUACCCGACGUUUAA